UGUGAUGUACUUAGUAAUAAUGAUAAACAACAGACUUAUUCAUGCGCUUAUGUUCCAACACAAGAAGGUGAAUACAGAGUUAUUAUUAAAUUUGCUACAAAAGAAAUUUUAAAUUCACCAUUCAAAGUUAUGAUCGAAGGUGCACAAGGUGAUGCAAGUAAAGCAACUGCAUCUGGUCCUGGGAUUGAACCGACUGGGAAUCAAGUUGGUCGACGUACAUUCUUUAAUAUAUUCACUGCUG